CAGAAUGUAGUCUAGUUUUUUUUCCGCCCGACUAUUGCCGCCAUCAUGGACACGAGUCGCGUGCAGCCCAUCAAGCUGGCCAGGGUGAUCAAGGUGCUGGGCAGGACCGGCUCCCAGGGACAGUGCACGCAGGUCCGCGUGGAGUUCGUGGACGACACGAGCCGCUCCAUCAUCCGCAACGUGAAAGGCCCUGUGCGCGAGGGCGACGUGCUCACCCUAUUGGAGUCCGAGCGAGAGGCACGGAGACUGCGUGAACACAGAGCCCACGGGGAAGAUGCGCCACUGUUAAUAAAGUGUUUGUAUAAAAAAGAAAAGAAAAAAAGAAAUGUAGUCUAGUGAGAUUUUGACAGA